CUUUUCUUUCCUCGUCCAGCGGUGUUGUCUGCUAUCUAAAAAUCCAUUUAAUUAUUCAAGCAAUAUAAAAUAAAAAUAUCAUAAUGGGAUUUGGAGAUUUAAAAACUGAUGCUGGACUGAAGUCCCUUGAUGAAUAUUUAGCUGACAACAGCUAUAUAGAAGGAUUCCAGCCUUCUCAAGCAGAUACUACAGUUUUCCAGGCGUUAUCAAGCCCACCAAAUUCCAAGUUUCCUCACGCUCUUAGGUGGUACAAUCACAUCAAAUCUUACGGGAAAGGGAUUUCCAGUUUCCCUGGUGUGAAAAAAGACAUCAGCGCUUUUGCUGCAGCUGGUUCUGCUCCUUCUAAAGGCAAGUCUGGAGGUGAUGAUGACGAUUUGGACCUCUUUGGAUCAGAUGAUGAGCCUGAUGCAGAAGCGGAAAAGCUUAAAGAAGAAAGAGUAAAACAGUAUCAAGCAAAAAAAUCUAAAAAGGCUGCAGUUGUUGCAAAAUCAAGUGUGGUAUUAGAUGUCAAACCAUGGGAUGAUGAAACUGAUAUGGCAGAAAUGGAAAAGAAAGUUCGAACAGUUGAAUGUGAUGGUUUAAAAUGGGGUGCAUCUAAACUCAUUCCUCUUGCUUAUGGCAUUAAGAAAUUGCAAAUCAUGUGUGUUGUUGAAGAUGAAAAGGUUAGCAUAGACUGGCUAACAGAAGAAAUCCAAAAUUUUGAAGAUUAUGUUCAAUCUGUCGAUAUUGCUGCUUUCCAAAAAAUAUAAGCUUGUUUAAUUAUUCAAUAAAAAUUAAUAAUUUUGUGAA